AUGGAUGGAAUCACCCACCUCUCCGUAAUCUACCAAAUGCUGUAUGCGAAUACUCCACCUGAAAUCCGUACCACCUCAGAUCCGUGGGGUGAUGCAUUUAAAGAACCCAUGUACCGCGAAGAGAAAUCACGUGAAUCCACGGAAUCAGAUAGUGAUAGGGUAAUGAGUCAUGACCAAGGAGAUAUUAAAGUUAAGGUCACGAUUUUGGCACGUGAUCUUAGUGUUCUGGCUCAUAAGGCUCUGGAUCCGCUCGAAGACCUCAACGAUGAAUCGCAAGAGCAAACCCCUCUGUAUUACUCAAGAACUCGUCUUCAUUAA